CAGCGUCUUGUUUCUCUUCCUGUUUUCGGGCACGUGACAAAAACCUUAAAGGUGAGCCGCUCCAAGACGGAAGUGAACAUGUCUCCAUCGCCUCUCCUCUUCUUUUUCAUCCUCCUCUUGGCGCGUCCUCGCGUCGUGCACGCGGACGCGGGGGGUAGCGCGCCCAGCUUCCGGUUCGGCCAGGAGGACUUCGUGGUGGACCUGGAGGACGCCGUCGACGAGGGCGCGGUUCUCUUGGCCGUCGUGCACGCGGGCAACCUGCCCGAGUGUCGGGCCGCGUGCUGCGCGCUUCCGCAAUGCAACAUCGCGCACGCGGACGCCAACCUGACGUGCGCGCUCUUGGACUGCGUGCACAGAAACAAGUUCGUGUGCCGCUUCGUCCGACGACCCGGGUACCGGACCGUCAUCAGGGACGCCGAGUACCGGAAGUACCUGGAAGGACCGCAGGAAGCAGAUGAGCCGGCGCCGCCCAUCGCCAUCGCGGGUCGGGACCGGGUCGUGCAGCCCGGCGCCACGGUGACGCUCGACGGCAUCCAGAGUUUGGCCCUCGGUGACGCCCACAUCACGGACUACGAUUGGACGCUGCAGAGCGGAGACGCCAACGUCGUCAUGGAGAAGACUCCGCUGGCCGACCAGGUGCGACUGUCCCACCUGACGGCGGGACGCUACCGCCUCCGGCUCACCGUCACCGACUCCAACCGGCGAUCGGGCAGCGCCGACGUCCAAGUGCUCGUCCUCGGCGCCGACGUGUCCGCCCGCUACUGCUUGUCCGAGGCCAAGGCGGGCCCGUGCCGCGCCGCUUUACCUCGAUGGCGUUACGACGCCACCGCGCGCCAAUGUCGGCAGUUUGUGUUCGGGGGAUGUAAAGCAAACCGAAACAACUUCCUGUCCAAGGACGAGUGUGUGCAGGCCUGCAGUGGAGUCACACAACUACAGCGCAUCGCUCUGCCGGCCGGCGAGGUGUGCGGCUCCGCGUGUGGUUCUGGCCAGCUGAAUUGCGGCGGCAGCUGCUGCCUGGACCAACGUUUGGAGUGUGACGGCGUGACGCAAUGCAGCAACGCCGCGGACGAGAAGCACUGCAGCCAACUCAACGAGACGUUCUCUCGACUUCUGGACCUCGACGUCAACCGAGGAAAAGCCCGCUGCACAGAGCCCCCCCAAACGGGCCCGUGCCGCGCCAGCCACACACGCUGGUACUACAAUCCGCUCAAGGAGCGCUGCCGGCGCUUCACGUACGGCGGUUGCCACGGAAACGACAACAACUUUGCCGAGGAGACGCAAUGCGAUGCCGCCUGCCACGGCGUCACGGAGCGCGACGUGUUCGCCAGAGGAACGUUUGAACGCUUCGCGGACCGAGACGAAGAAGAAGAAAGCGGCUCGGGUUCCGUGGCGUUGGCGGUGAUCCUGUCGGCGGCCGUCUCGGCGUCACUGGCCGUCCUGGGCUACUGCUUCCUGAAGAACCGCAGCCGGCGCUCGGGCGGCCACGCGGAAGCGGCCCGCCGAGCCGCGUCGGCGCAGGACCCGCUCGUUUACGAGGGCGCCGCCGAUCCCUUGUAGCGGCCCGUCGUUGUCGCGCGGGUGGCGGUAGAAACGGGCGUCGGGGGUGUGGCCACAUUGGACGGCCUUUCUUUUCCGUUUGGGUCAUUGCUUGCUGAAAAUAAAGUUCCUCUUUGUUUGA